AUGAUGUCAUAAGUAGAAAUAUGACCUAUAGAGAGAGAGAAAGAUAACACCAACGGUUUCUGACAUGCAUAAACUGAGUUGUAAACGCCUGUAUCGCACCUGCAACUUCUAUCAUAUUCAUGUUUUGCUUUCCAGAGGGCAUCAUAGUGGUUUAAUUUUAUGGAAGUGAGCCAAGGAAAUGCUCACACUAUCGCCCACAGUCAGCUAUUUUUGCUCCAACGAGGAAAGGAAAACCUAUAUACAGAUUUUCCUCUGUCCCGCUCCACCUUUCCUCACCUCCUCUCCUCUCUCCGUCCACAUGUCUUCCUCUGCACAUUCUCUCCUUUCCUGAGAUAAACCUGCCAGCUCCCACCCCAAUUAGUCCCUCUGCUCCUGUUAGAAGCCGCCAAACAAAGAGGAGCAUGCAUAGUUUCUGACAGAGUUGCUGACGUCUGCAGGCGGGGGGGGGUCUGCAGAGAGUUGAAAGGUCAAGGCGUUUCCUCUGACCUUGACUCGUCGCACUUCUGCUGCUUCACCCCGUCACACCUGUUGACCACAGCCCUCAUUUAAGCCUUUUUUUUUUUUACGGCACUUCUAAUUCGUCCUUCUGGGAUGUUUAAUCGACCGCAGACGGAGAGAGCAAAUUUGGCAGCGUUGCUCGGCAACAAGAUGUAAUUUCAAGUGGUAAAAAAACAAAACAGUCAUUUGCGAAUUUAAAAUAUAAUCCAGGUUUUGCAAUGCCCCAAUUUAUUUUGGUUAAGGGAUUUGGUGUUGACGCAGCGAGCUGGGAGCGACGCUGACUCAUCAGGAAAAAGAUUGAAAAGAGAGACACUGAAAUAUCCUCAGAGCACCACGAAAAUAUAAUGUCUAUGGUGAUAAAUGGAUUUCAUAUACUUAACCUUUGUCCUACGUACAUAUUGUAUAUGCGUUCCUAUACAACGACCGUAAUACAAAUGUUCACUCUAUUCAAAUGAGAUUUUAUCUUAUUUAUUUCAACUUCUAUUUGUGUCUCUAUACCUGAACGUCAUUGUGCAAUCCUCUAUUGUUAAAAACAAAAAGAGCUCCAGUAUUAAAUGAUAUAGAGACAAACAUCAUCGAGAAAUUAAGAAUAUUUGUGAAACGGUAUGAUGCCAAAACCGACUGUAACAGGAGCACCAUGCAGUGUAGAAGAGCCAUUAAUUAAACUGUCAGCAAACGGCCCCAUAUAUCAGUGAUACAUCAAUAUAUAUACAUAUAUAUGUAUAUAUAUAAUAAUAAUAACUUUAUUUAUAUAGCACCUUUAAAAACGAUGUUUACAAAGUGCUCCACAGAUAAUCAAAGCAAAACAAGUGGAAUAGCAAGAAACCAAUAUUACAUUUAAAAGUAUAUAUUAAAAUUAAAAAUAAAUUGAAAACCAAAUAAAUUAAAUGUAUCUUACAAUAUUCAAACAAAGUCUAUCGCACUCCGAUAUAUAACAUAACACAAGCCGUAUUCCUUUCCUUCCCUCACACCCUCAUAACUCGCCCUCUCUUUCCUCAUAAUGCCCCCUAUUUCCCACAGAGUUUGACUUUUGACAUUUUACCUCCACUGAAGCAUUACUCACCCAAAACACCCCCCCCCCCCCCCACAUCUCAGUCCCACCCUCCUCGACCUCCCUCCUUCUUCCCUCGCCCCGGGUUUAUAAGAGAGCGCCAGUUGUCUCAGUGUGGAGAACUUUAAAUAGAGUGAAGGGGGAGCAGCUGGAAACCUGGGUGGAGAACACAAGACUUUUGUUAUUUGUUUGUUAUUUUUUUAAAGCAACACCAUUCAGAGCUUAAUCAUGCAUGUGCUCAGGAUGUGGCGUGUGCUGUGUGCGCUUGGCUUGGUGGGUGCAACCUUGUGUGUGAAUGAGCUCGAGUACGAGGGGAACUUCGCAGAAUACUACGACAACGAGAUCUCUCACGACCAGCAGGAGGAGGAAACUCCAACCCCGCCGUGCCAGGCUGCUGAGUUCUCUCUCUGGGACAAGCUCUUCAUCACCCUGGAGGACUCCCACAUGAGGCAGAGCGAGCUGCUGGAGUCUCUGGAGCGAUGCGGCGGGCGGACGCUCUCCCUCGGGACCCGAUUGGACGAGCUGGCUAAGGGGUCACGCCGAGAGUGUCCCCCCGGCCUGGAGCGGGCGAACGUCCGGCUGCGAGAAAGCUUGCUGGAGCUCCGGGAGGAGGAAGCAGAGAGGGAGAGGAUGUGGAACGCCACGCUGCACCAGUUGCUGCGCGGCGGCCGCGAGGCGAACGCCCGACUGAAGCGGCUGGAGGAAGGCGGAGGCCGCGGGGCGACGGGGCACCGGCCGGCGCCCGGAGGAGGAGGGGCGGCGCUCGGCACGAAGGCGUUCGCGUCUGGCCCGGAGGAGCGGGAAGGGACCUCGACGCCGGGCAUGGCCGCCGUGCAAGAGGCCCUGGUUGCCAUAGCGACACAACUGCAGCAGGUGCACCUGCAGCUGAGCGGAGUGAUCGAGCGGGCGGGAAGGACAGAGGAGACGCGCGGAUCGCCACGAGGACAACAAUAAGAUACGAGACUGACUGGUGGACUUUCCAGCGGUGAUGAUUUUGCACAUCGGUCUUUCGCGUCGUUUCUUUCUUUCUUCUUUUUCUUUCUUUUUUUUGUGAGCAUGUUUUUUUUCGUCUGGUGACAAUGAAUUUAAAUGUACCGUAAAUGUUGUGGGUUUACUGCAAUGAAUAAAAACUAAUUAAUCGAC